CACGUCACCGCCUAACCCGGAAGAGCAGUGACAGCUCUUGUCAAAAAUCCUUCAUCUCUUUUCUCGGAACUGCGGAAAAAAGCUUGCCAAGAAGCUCAGGAUUUGGACAGACUCGCAGCACUGACACACCUACAGACACAGAGACCUGACGGACAGAGUCCAGCUGGCUAGUUAUGGCUGCAGCGAGCGGAACAGAUGUGCAAGGCACUUUGAUCUAGGGUGCCUGUAGCUAUUUUGGAGUCUGGACGUUGUGUUGCGCUGGAUCCGUCUUUCUGCUGCUCUCCGUAGGCAGGUGUUCAAGAGGCGGUCAGCUUGACUGAUUAUUAGACCUUCCCUCCCUCCCGACGCCUCACCCCACACCUGGCUGGUGCUCCUGCCCCGCUCAGGUCCUCUCUGCAUCAACGCUGGCAAUGUCCAGAGUCCCAAGCCCCCCACCCCCGGCAGAAAUGUCCAGCAGCCCCGUGGCUGAAAGCUGGUGUUACACUCAGAUCAAAGUGGUGAAGUUCUCCUACAUGUGGACCAUCAACAACUUCAGCUUCUGUCGUGAGGAGAUGGGAGAGGUGAUCAAAAGCUCCACGUUCUCCUCAGGAGCCAACGACAAACUCAAAUGGUGUUUGCGUGUGAAUCCUAAAGGUCUGGAUGAGGAGAGCAAAGACUAUUUAUCACUUUACCUACUCUUGGUUAGCUGCCCAAAGAGUGAAGUCCGUGCCAAGUUUAAGUUUUCUAUCCUCAAUGCCAAGGGAGAAGAGACCAAAGCCAUGGAGAGCCAGAGGGCGUACCGUUUUGUCCAAGGGAAGGACUGGGGUUUCAAAAAGUUCAUAAGGAGGGACUUCCUCCUGGACGAGGCCAACGGUCUGCUGCCUGAUGACAAACUAACACUUUUCUGCGAGGUGAGCGUAGUGCAGGACUCUGUGAACAUCUCAGGCCAGAACACGAUGAACAUGGUGAAGGUUCCUGACUGCAGGUUGGCUGAGGAGCUUGGAGAUCUGUGGGAGAGCUCCAGAUUCACUGACUGCUCCCUGUGUGUCGCUGGCCAGAAAUUCCAGGCGCACAAAGCCAUACUAGCAGCUCGCUCGCCGGUGUUCAGUGCCAUGUUUGAGCAUGAGAUGGAAGAGAGUAAGAAGAAUCGUGUGGAGAUAAAUGACGUGGAGCCAGAUGUCUUCAAAGAGAUGAUGUGCUUCAUCUACACAGGCAAGGCCCCCAACCUGGACAAGAUGGCUGAUGACCUGCUGGCUGCAGCUGACAAGUAUGCUCUGGAGAGGCUGAAGGUGAUGUGCGAGGACGCUCUGUGCACGGGUCUGUCUGUGGAGAACGCCGCCGAGAUCCUUAUCCUCGCCGACCUUCACAGCGCCGACCAGCUCAAGACGCAGGCCGUGGACUUCAUCAACUAUCAUGCAGCUGAUGUGAUGGAGACGUCCGGCUGGAAGUCCAUGGUGAACUCUCACCCUCACCUGGUGGCCGAGGCCUACCACUCCCUGGCCUCGGCCCAGUGUCCCUUCCUGGGUCCCCCGAGAAAACGUCUGAAACAGUCCUAGAGGUCGGGAGCGACUCUGCUGUCCGAACCCUGCUGCGUCCUCCUGAACCGGCGACCUCACUGCUCCUCCCUCACAGUCCUCCUUUUGCUCCCAUAGAGACGCCUGAGACUGACACCCGGGGCUUGGCUAGAUGAAGCUGGGGGAGCUGCUCAGCUGGGCAGAGCAGAGAACCACAGGACUGGAGCCACAGAGGAGGUACCACACAUCUCUGUAGGUAGGGAUUCUAUAAAGUCUGAUCCCAGAUAUUGAUGGAUUGGAAGCCAAAAGCCUUGACUAUUCAGUAUCCUAGAACCUCAUUCUGAGAGACAGUUAGAUAAAGAACUGAUCUUCUGGCUUGAAAAGUCAGUGCUGAGUCCCUGACAGAUGCUGUUUUGUGGCAUUUAUAUUGCCUUGUACAGUGUUAAAGCCCAAACUGCGCUUGUGAAAGGACACGUGAAGAGGAUCAACCAGCCAGAAAGUGAGAGACUAUUGUUCCCAUUGUUGAUGAUUUAAAUAGUGUUUGUUCAAUGUCUUGUUUUUCUAGGCCACAAACAAUUCUCUUGAAUGAAAGAAGACAAAUCUGAACACGUUUUAAUGUUCACUGUUUAGCCUGUGUCUUAGAGCCGGGCAGACACUGUGUGGAUUUGGCCCCAUUUUAGCCCCAAACUUGACUAAUUUUAGAGUCGGGAGGAAUUUCUGCAGCUUGAGUUGCAGUUACAGUGUUUGAAUAAUCAAAUGAAUGAUCAACAGUCUGUCUCUCUGGAUCUCUGGCAUGCUAUAUGUUUUGGUUGGCAUAAAUGCUGCUAAAAGAACAGCUGUAACCUGUCACAGGCUUGUUUUAAUAUUGUUGGAGCAGUAUUUUACAUGUUGUCAUGUAAUUUGAUCAAACCUCACAAUCUGGAUCCUCCCAGUUAUCUGCAGCUCCAUAUUUUUUUCUUCUUUUUUUUGUCCUUUUCAUUUAUAGUAGAACUUCAUAAAAUACUGCUGACGUUCUCUUUUUUCUCAACACUGAAACAGCCACAACAUUAAAACCACUGACAGGUGAUGUGAAUAGCACUGAUCCAAACCCUGCUGGGAAACAUGUAGAGUACAUGGAUGUAACUUGAACAGGUAUCAUCCAGUUAAUGCUCCUGAAGAACCCCCGCAAGAAAAGUGAUCACACAAGGAUGUAAAAGUACAUUUGUAAGAUUUUAAGAUAUAUAUCAUUUACAUCUGUGAUUAAAUUAAUAUUAUGUACUUUGUUUUUAUAGACAUCAGAA